GGCAGCAUGGCAUGGCAUGGCAGCUACGUCCACCACGAGAUGGGGUUAUACAAUUUUUCGGCAGGCCCCCGGUAUGUCCAUAUGUCCGUGGUAUAAAAUCCGUUGACAGCCUGCGACCGACUAUCAGUGUGACUAGAUUCGUGAGACGCGCAGCACACACGCGGCAAUGAAGGUUUUUGUAGUACUUUUCGCCCUCGUGGCAUGCUCCUCAGCGACGUUUGAUUCGCUCUUCGGUGGAAAGGGCAAAAAAGGCGGCGGCGGCGGUCUCGGCGAUUUAGGUAGCCUGUUUGAUCUUGAAGGACUCUUGGGAGGACUGCUUGGCGGAGGAGGUGGUGGUGGAGGUCCGCCACCACGCCCUCCCCCAAGGCCUGUGUACGGGCCACCUCCACCACGUCCGGUCUACGGACCGCCUCCGCCACGUCCGGUUUACGGGCCUCCUCAACAUACCCCGCCUCGUCCCGUCUAUGGACCGCCUCCAGUUGCCCCGCCACGACCAGUUUACGGACCGCCCGGCCCGGCUCCAGCUCCAGCAUUCAAAGUUCCUCCAUCCGAUCGUUUCCCAGUGUUACCUCCGUUACCGGUUAACCGACCACGAUCACCACCUCGACCAGUGUAUGGACCUCCACCAGUACACCAUGCUCCUGCCCCGGCUCCAGUGUAUGGUCCACCAGCUCCCCGUCCGCCAGUUCCUUCUCACUCCUACGGACCUCCAAACUACUCUCCACCAGCUCCAGUGUUCCAGCCAGCUCCGGCUCCAGUCUUCCACCAACCAGCUCCAGUGUACGGACCACCACAGCAAGCCCCACCAAGCUUCCACCAACCAGCUCCGGCCCCGGCUCCAGUCUUCCACCAACCAGCUCCGGCUCCAGUCUUCCACCAACCAGCUCCCGUGUACGGACCCCCUCAGCAAGCCCCACCAAGCUUCCACCAGCCGGCUCCAGUGUACGGACCUCCUCAAUCGGCACCCGCUCAGUCCUACGACUUCCCAUCGGCCCCGGUCGCUCCCCAGGUGAUCACCGUUGUUCAACCUCCCCGGACUGAAUACCUGCCCCCGGAGCAGAUCCAGCAGCUACCUCUCCAGGACACGAACGUCAACUUCCACGGGUUGAGCUCGAGCGCCGUUGCGUCCGGAAGCGUCACUGCCAGCGGAGACUCCGGUUACCACUAUGGCAUUGGACACGGCUCUGGCCAUUGAUCCAGGCGAUCUUACCCAACAGAGGAGCAAACGACAACCGAGAGCUGUCUCGUUCUCUCUCAUUUUAGCGGAGAGAGCGAGAAGGGAUAACAGUGGCGCACAUACACAUACAAAAAAGAACACACUUAGCUAGGAUUGUGCAAUACCAAAAAGGUUAAUUUCAACAUACGUUACGUUAAGAAGCCGAGGACCUUUCUACCUUUCUACAGCCCUGUCAUCCGAUCUACUCGAUCGGAUCCCAAUGAUCUGACAACAAUGAUUUCGGUCGGAUUUUUCGACAAACCAUCGAACAGUCCCCCACUAGUCACUAACAUUCCGGACCAUGAUUUCAGCCCUUUUAGCUGAUUUCCACUUAAGAGUGUACCACACCCUACACACCAAAACACAAACGUCCAAUAUCAGAUUCAGUGACUACACCCAGAAAGGUAAUUUUAGUUCAAAACAAAUUUGAUUAGCUUUAAACAAAAUCGUAAACUGAAACACCGAGAGGAAUUUCAACCGCCGUCGGAGGAGCAUCCACCACGAGAUGGAAAAUGUACUACAAGAAAAAAAAUCUCGUAACCCACUACGAAACACCCAAUUUGCUCAAUUUGCGCGUGCAUUAGAAAACUAUAUAUCUCUGCCGCCACGUGGUUGAGAAAUAGUGUUGCCAGUAAGAAAACAAAAGCUCACGCGUAAACUCACACACACACACAAACAUACACAAGUAAAACAAACAAAAACCUUCAUACGUUAAACACACACACUGCUAUAAAUUAAUUUAUGUAAUUGUAAAUUAAUGUUAGGACGCGCGUCGUUAAUCGUCGAACAAAAUGUUUUUAAGUUUUCUGUACCAAUUCUUGGUUUAGCGUACCACAUAAAUGUGGCAGCCGUUGCCGGCUCGCCCACAUUUGACCCACAGGAUAGAAGAAGAAGAACAACAAACCAGUAAACAAGAUCGAGAACAGAUAAAAGAGAAAAAGAGAUAGAGAAGGGAGAAUAUUCUCUUCCGUUUUUGGGAGAAAAUUUUUUUAAUGCCAUAUUUAAGAUUGAUGGAAUGUGAAAACAGGUAAGGAGAGGCACACACAGUGCAGUGCCAUUGGAACAGCAAGAACCGAUAGCACGCAGCAUGUGCACAUGUACAGAAGAACAAAAUUGACGAAAGGAGAAAUUUUUAAUAAAAACAUACAAAAAUUGAAAA